AUGAUUCGUCAGCAACAGGAGGCACAUCAGAAACUUGUUGCAGAAAUAGCCCAACUUAAAGAAAGACGACCGGAGAUGACAGAGGACAACAGCCACACUGGCAACCACAAUAAUGGCCACCACAACGUCCGGAACAACCGCCACCAUGAUGAUAGCGGUCGCCCUCCCCGAUCGCCUGAACUGCUACCUUUCACUGAAGAUAUUAUGCAAACCAUAAUGCCCGAUCGACCACCCCCUCAAAUUGAAAAAUUUGACGGGACGACGGAUCCAGAACACCAUCUCCGAAAUUUCAUUGACUCCAUGACUUUCUACUCCAACAGCUAUCCAGUCAAAUGCAGGGCCUUCUCCCUGUCUCUCAAAGACGAAGCCUUAGAAUGGUACUAUACUCUUCCUCCGAAUUCUGUUAACAGUUUUUAUACUGUCACCACUCUUUUCAAAAGACAAUUCUCGGCCAACCGGAGGGAAAGGGUGUCCGCUGCCGAACUCGUCAAUCUCAAACAAGGGAGAGACGAAACGCUAAGGGCAUUCAUGCGCAGAUACUCGGAAGCAGCCAGAAGGGUGAAAGGUGUCUCCCAUGAGUUCAUUAUCAACAAUCUCCCCAACUACCUCAAACCAGGAUUUGUCUCGGAAAAUCUAUAUGCCAAAUUGCCGAAAACUAUGGAAGAAUUACAAGAAAAAAUGACCAAAUUCAUCAAAAUGGAGGAUCAACGACAUUACCGGAAGAAGAUCGAAGCUCCGGUCACAGAUACUAAACGUGAUGAUAGACGAUCGGGUGACAGAGGUCGUAAUCAAAGGCCCCAUCGAAGAGAACUAAAAGCCCUGCUCGGUCCUCGCUAUGACCACUAUGCACACCUUACAACUCCAAGGGAAAAGGUGUUCGACAAAGCCGUCCAAGCCAACCUAAUCACCAUUCACAAAAGGCGUACGCCUAGAGAUGCGGACGCGUCCAAGAUAUGUCGGUUUCAUGAUAACCAAGGACAUUCCACGGAAGGUUGCCAAGAACUUAAAGAUGAGAUAGAAAGAUUGGUCUAUGCGGGGUACCUGCGAGAAUUUGUUAAAGCAGAGACGGGCUAA